UCAACUAGCGUGCUGUAAGAAAUGUAGUUGAAUGCAAAUGUAAAAGGUUACAAGUGACCUAUAGAUUGUACAUUAACGUAAAGAAGCCGUAAAGAUGCAGCGAGCGCAGCUGAUGGCUACACACACUGAAACCAAAAGCGUUAUGAUGUAAAUGGUGUGUUUGUUCAGAUAAAUCAUGUGGAGAAGAUCUCUGAUGCUCAGAUGCUUUGGCUGCAGAAGUGUUGGACCGAAGGGACUCUUGGGCUCCUCUGCAGUGCGAGCCUGCAGCGCUCCAGCUGUACCUGCAGCCAGGAUCACAGCACUUCAGGCGGUGGAUUUAUGGAAGGAACACUUUGUGGAGAGAGGCGUGACAGAGCCGGAUCACUCUGCUCAAUACAUCAUCGCUUAUCUGCUUGGAGCAAAAACUAUAGAAAGUCUUGAGAAGGAGAAGUUGGCAGAGUUUCUCAGCCCAGAAAAAACAGAGCAGAUGUGGAAGCUUUGCUCUAGACGCCUCUCCAGGAUGCCUGUGCAGUAUGUGAUUGAGGAGUGGGACUUCAGAGAUCUGACCCUGAAGAUGAGACCUCCUGUCUUCAUACCAAGACCUGAAACUGAGGAGUUGGUUGAACUCGUGCUCACUGAUCUCGAGGUCGGGACUGGAGUCGCUGCAGACGCCCAGCACACAUUGUUGGAAGUUGGAUGUGGCUCUGGUGCCAUUUCCCUCAGUCUGCUGAAGAGUCUGCCUCAGUUUCGAGCUGUCGCUGUGGAUCAAAGCCAGGAUGCUGUAGAUUUAACAAGAGAGAACGCAUUCAGGUUGGGGCUGCAGGACAGAUUACAGGUUCAUCGUUUAGAUGUAAUGAAGGAUGCAGAAACUGUGUUGAGCCUCUGUAACCACGUCUCAGCUUUGGUCAGUAACCCUCCGUACCUGUACUCAGAGGAUAUGACCACGUUGGAACCUGAAAUAUUUCGGUUUGAAGACCACGCUGCGUUAGAUGGAGGUAAAGACGGCCUAAAAGUGAUCAAACAGAUUUUGACUCUGGCUCCACAGAUCCUAUCGAAUCAUGGCUGUGUUUACUUGGAGGUGGACCCCCGACACCCCCCGCUCAUUCAGCGGUGGGUGGAGGUGAAUGUGGAGGAGAUGCAUUAUGUGGAGACACGGCACGACAUCACCGGCAGGCCGCGAUUCUGCAUCCUUCGUAAAGAGAAGUCAAACAGGGACCACAAGCUGGAUCUGGAUUGAGAAACUGAGAUCCUAUUACGCUGGCUUUAGCCCAGGUCGCCACAGACUCAGCUCCCCUACCCCCACUGAGCCGCCCGGACACACACUCACACCCAUUUGAUCACUCAGAAUCCACAAUGUGCACAAGCUUCGAAUCAUUUUUAUGGCACUGGUUGCACUUUUAAUCUGAUUACAUUUGUGAUCACAUCCUGUUCCGCGAUAAAUAAAAUAAAAAAUAAGUGUGCGAGAUGGCACAAAAGCAGGCUCAAAGCUGAAGGUAAUUACUGAGGCUUUUCUUAGAACCCUCCCUCUCUCUCAGAAUCUCUCCCUCCUCCCAGGAAGCAUUCAGUAGUUCUGUGAAUCUGCUGAUGAACGGUCCUCCCCUUCGCUCAUUCACUUGCUGACUCAGAUACAGGCUGUACGCAUUGUUGAGCAAAAACACACACACGCGCACACACACACACACACACAAUGCGGCCUUUACUUCUUCAUGCAGUCUGCGUCCCACACACACUUUCAGGACAAAGGCCACACAGGCUUUGUGUUUCAAAGGUGAUUUGAAGCCGAAAAUAUUUCAUAACAAGUGUCACAAGAGCAAGUCGUCAUGUGGUGGUUAAAAAUAAUGACCAUGAUGAGAGUUAUUUCUCCUUUCCUUGGUGAGUAAUACUGGCAUUUUUAGGAGAAAAUGAUUGAGAGAAAAGCAAGUAAAAGAGUCCAGUUGUUUUUU